AUGUUCUCGUGCCACUCGGAGCUAGAACUCCUGCCCCCACCAAACCUGCCAGACAGCAAGCCCUCCCUUGCUUUGUGUUAGUCACUAGCAAAUUCGCCCACCCUUUCCAACCACGGGAAAGCAACAAACGUCGUGGCAGGUGUACUAAAAAAACUUAAUAAAAGUGUACGGCGCACGCCACGCCAGAUAUCAGUCUGUCGCGAGCCUGCACAGAAGGAGCAGCAGCAACGCUAAACGUGUGGUGAAGCAGUGAGCGCCAAAGAGCUAACACGCCGUGAUCAACAACACAAUAGACGAAACGACACCAAAGUGUGCAAACGAUCGCGAAGUGUAAAUUUGCGCCACCGACUCUCUGUCAGUUUAGUGAACAACGGUGUACGAGCAUAACAGGGGGUGAAAGCAAACAAAACAAAAGAGUGUCUGCAAAUGGGAUGUUUGACUUGUGCAAUGGAGUCAGUGUAAAAACCGCGACAAACCACCACAAUUAUUGAUAUUAUACAAUUCCAAUUGAUGAAACUGAUCGUACCCGUGCUGUCGGACACGUGUGUGUGAACUGUGCAUGAUGAAACGCGCCGUGCCGUAUCUAGUGACCCUGUGGCUGUUGUGGUUGGGAGUUGGUGCUAGUACUGCCCACCAAGAGCGACCCAACAUUGUAAUCAUUGUUGCUGAUGAUUUGGGUUGGAAUGAUGUCAGCUUCCACGGAUCGAACCAAAUCCCGACGCCCAACAUCGAUGCGCUCGCGUACGACGGUAUCAUACUGAACCGUCACUACGUGCCGCCGCUCUGCACCCCAUCGCGGGCCUCCCUAAUGACCGGCAAGCAUCCGAUGAACAUCGGCAUGCAGGAUCACGUCAUCAUCUCGGACGAACCGUGGGGUCUGGGGCUGGACCAGAAGCUAAUGCCCCAGUACUUCCGCGAGGCCGGUUACCGCACGCACCUGGUCGGCAAGUGGCAUCUUGGGUUUUUCCGGCGCGCGUACACACCGACCUACCGGGGCUUCGACUCGCACUUUGGCUAUCUCGGCCCGUACAUCGACUAUUGGGACCACAGCUUGCAGAUGAACGAGACAUCUGCCCGCGGUUUGGACAUGCGACGCAACACCGCCGUCAACUACGACGCGAACGGAACGUAUGCGACCGAUCUGUUCAACGACGAAGCCGUCCGUCUAAUCGAUUCCCACAACAGAAGCAAACCCCUGUUCCUGGUGCUCACGCAUCUUGCCCCGCACACCGGCAACGAGGACGAUCCGCUGCAGGCGCCAGCAGAUGAGAUUGCCAAAUUCGACUACAUUCAGGAUCCGAAGCGUCGCACGCUGGCAGCCAUGGUAUCGCGGAUUGACACGGGCGUUGGGCGGAUCUAUCGAAGCUUGGAGAGGCGCCGCAUGCUCAACAACACCAUCAUACUGUUUUACGCCGAUAAUGGUGCACCGACAUUGGGAAUUCAUGCCAAUUCUGGCUCCAACUAUCCACUGCGUGGGCAAAAGUAUUCACCCUGGGAAGGAGCAGUCCGUGGUGCGGCACUCAUAUGGAGCCCUCUGCUACCCCGGAAGCGUGUAGUGUCCGAGCAGUGGAUUCACGUUAGCGAUUGGUUGCCCACACUUGGUCAUGCGGCUGGCAUCCAGUCUAUCCCAGCUGGCAGUCCGAUCGAUGGCCAGAACCAAUGGGUAACGUUACAAUCGGCUUCAGUCGAUGGUCGCACGGUGGUGAUGCAUAAUGUCGAUCGCCGAUAUGGCUACCGCAGCUACAUGAAACAGGGCUGGAAGUAUAUCAAUGGAACUACUGCGCGAGGGAUUUAUGAUGGAUGGUUAGGGCAGCUCUCCGACCAAGAAGAUCAAAUCCCGGAAGAAGACUACUUUGCUCAACUAUUAAAUGAUUCGUUUAUUGGUAGCUCGAUGCUACUUUCCGAAGAGCAAGUACGAGAAAUUCGUCAAAAUGCUACACUCCAAUGUGCGGAAGAUGUUCAAGCGAUUCCGUGUGAACCGCUUGUAAAACCCUGUCUCUUCAAUGUUGUCGAAGAUCCUUGCGAACGAGUAAAUCUGGCAGACGAAUAUCCGGAGUUGUUAAAAGAUCUACAGUCCGACGUGGAGCGCUUCAAACGGGACGCUCUUGCACCUCGCAAUCAACCAUCAGACAGUAGAUCGGACCCAGCCCUACACAACAACACCUGGACCUGGUGGCAGGAUGAAAUGGACGAGCAGCAGCACAUGGCACCGUACAUCCUGUACCUUGCCGCGGCAAUUGAAAUACUACUCAUUCUUAUCGUUUUAUGGUGCGGCCACAGGUACUGCACGAGGUCGAGAACCAAAACGGAACCCAAAGACGCUAAGCUGGCAAACAAGUAGAUAAUGCUCCCGCAAAUAUGGUUCGCACGGUGUGCCCGAACCGGACUGGGUUUCGUUUGCCUUUUUAAAUUGGUUAGCAGAUAACAUGGUGUUGACAGACAUGUUCUGCGCUAGGCAACAUCAUCUUAAAAUCAUGCCCAGCUUGUUGAUUAAAUUAGUUUUAUCAAUUUUAUCUUUGCAUAUUCACGCGCAAACUGUGAUAAGAAGAGGGGUUGAAGGGUAUAGUCAGUUUGCUCAGCAUAUGCACAUAUAAACGUGCAUUUUGUACCUUUUUAUCUUGCGUUUCAGAUGAGGGUUUGAGGGAUGUUCUGUUAUAGCUGAUGUAAAAUGUGAUAAUUGCGUAUGAAAGGAGCCUUAAAGCUGGAGAUACAAUAAAGAGUUAAAUAGUUCUCUUCUCCAAUAAAGAAUCCAAUAAAGAGUUAAAAGAA